AUGCCUUGGAGCUGGAGAAAGUUACUAGCAAUUCACCCACUUGUUCGAAAUCAUUUUUGGCAUUCUUUGGGUAAUGGACAGAAUACGUUUGCAUGGCAUGAUACAUGGGCAACUUGUUGUCCGAUUAUUGACAUUGUUACUCAUCGUAUGAUUAAAGAGGCUGGUUUUGAGUCACAUUCUAAAGUUGUUGAGAUUAUCGAAAAUGGGUCAUGGAGGCUGCCGUCGUUUUGGGAUAACCGUAUUUUAAAUACUAACGUGCCUUUAUUGCAGGAACAUAUGAUGGACUCGAUUAAAUGGUGUACAGAUGCAGGAGUAUUACAUGAUUUUUCGGUGUCUUUAGCUUGGGAGGACCUGCGUGUACGAGAACCUUUGGUGGAUUGGUAUCAUAUUCUGUCAUGUCCAUUGUGCUCAACACAACCAGAUUCUCAUACUCAUUUGUUUUUCGACUGCCCUUUUUCUUCAAGAGUAUGGGAUGAAGUUAACAAAAUUGCUGGUUUAUCGUUAUAUGGGGGAAGCUGGGCUGAUGUACUACACGAUUUAAAGAAGAUUGCAAGGAAAAAUUUUGUUCAUAGUGUGGUUUCAAAGCUGAUUCUCGCAGGGGCUGUCUACAACAUUUGGCAAGAAAGGAAUAACCGUUUAUUUAAUCAGUCAAAACGAUCUGAAGACAAAUUAAUCCAGAUUAUUGUUUCGACCACUAGAUUAAAGUUGAUGACUUUGCGGUUUAAAAACAAUAGCAGAACGGAAGCUGCUCUUUCGCAUUGGAAGUUACCUUCAUCACUACUUAUUCCAACGUAG